AUGGCUUGCUGCAUCUUCACUGCAUACUUCAUGAGCCGCAUCAUUAAGGCAUGCGAGCUCUUCGACAUCCGCCUUCUUGACAUUAAAUACAAUGACUUUGAUCCAGAUGCCGAGUUCACUCCUGGAUUCGAAUCGAGGACCUCCCUAGGCCACCCCAGAUACAAUUCAAGACACAAGACGAACGAUGUCAACAAUGAACCCCGGGAUCCAAAGUCAGAACCUCUGACGACCACGCGUCUGUUUAUCAAGGGAAUGACUUGCUCUGCUUGUGUCUCUACAUUGACUCACGCCUUGACAUCUCACCCAUCUGUCAUACGAAUCAAUAUAUCUCUUGUGCUUUCACGGGCAACAAUCAUCUACAAUUCGCAUGGAACAAGCAUCCACGAUCUGAUAUCUCUGGUUGAAGAUGCAGGAUAUGGAGCCGAAGUACUUGGACAAGGAAAUAAUGGCUCCGCCGCCGACAAUCUGCGGCUCGUCAGGAGGGAUGAAGAGCUUCAAGAACUAAAGAAAGCGUUCAACGGAGCGGCCAAAUGGGCGACCUGUAUCACAAUGGUUGAAUGGGUGCGGAAGAUGAACAUCAAUACCGCAAUUGCCCCGAUCCUGGAUCCAAUCGCUCUCCUAUUUGCUCUUGUUAUUGCUUGCUACGACCAACUCUUUCACGCAAGAUGGAUUCAUCGAAAUGCUUGGGCAGCCUGCUACUCCAAGAGAGGACUCCAACUCCCAACCCUUUCCAUGGAUACUCUUCUGUCACUUUCGCUUUUGCUCAGUAUAGUCUUGUCGCUGUUCAACAUUGCGCUUUACGGUUUAUUGGACCCGCAGAGAAAGACGUAUUUCUUGUCUACAUCGUUUCUCACAGUGGUCAUCAGUGGAGGAAGAUAUCUGGACGUCACUUUGAAAAGGCAGGGCGCGGCCGGUUUUGGCAGGCUACUUGGAUUGCAAAUGGACAUGGAGUGGGGCACAUUCUUGGUUGAAGGACGGAUACGCAAGAACGGCGAUGAUGCCGAAGUAGAUGGAUCUGUCGAGUCUGGAUUGGUGAGUGAUCUUCCUCCGGCAGCUUCCCGUUCCAAUCUGCUUGAACCCCAGACGACUUCCAUUCCCGCUAGUCUCCUCGCCCCUAUUGAUGUCUACCGCAUCCCGCCUCAAAGCCUCAUUCCCUGCGAUAGCUAUGUCAUCCGCGGUGCCUCUUUGGUGGACGAAUCCAACAUGACCGGCGAAUCGAUCGCGUGCCGCAAAUCUGUCGGCGAUUUCCUCAUGUCCGGAACACGGAAUCUCUCUGACGGACUCGUGGCUGUUGUCUUGAAAGGACAGACCGAAUCGAGCCUCGAAAGAGUAGUCGAAAGUAUUCAGGCGUCAACUGAGUUGAAGUACGAAUCAGCUCAGAACUCUACAGAUGACAGCCCAGACAAGUCCCUGGUGGAUAUUAUGACCCGCUACUUUGUAUCAGCCGUCUUGAUACUCACCUCUCUCUGCUUUACGUUCACCCUUUUCACGUCGACAACUUCCAUAUCACGGAUUGACCGCCUCAACAUGUCUUGUGAACGAGCAAUGGCAAUCCUAGCAGCAGCUUGCCCCUGCGCCCUUGGUCUGGCAAACCCUUCUGCCAUCAUGGCCGGGAUCGAUGCAUGCUACGCCCAUGGUGUCUUAGUGCCCGGUGGCUCCAUGGCACUUAAGAAGGUAGCCAGACUAACGCACAUCGUCCUCGAUAAGACGGGGACUUUAACUGACGGCCGACUGCAGAUUUCGGAUGUAGUCUUUGCACAACCAUUUUACUCGGAUCCCCAGAAAAGGGAGCUAUUAUAUAGUCUUCUCUGUGCAGCUGAGAGAGACGAGGCUCAGACCCAUCCAGUGGGCAGAGCCGUUUUUCAAUGGUGUCUCAGACAGCUACAGCUACAGACACAUGCACGGCACGAUGGGCAGACGAAACCGCCAAUGGCGAACGAAUCAGGCACAGCUUCAACAAGGAACAUCUCCGCCGCGCCCGGCAAGGGGAUCUCCUGCGAGGUUCACGACGUCAAUAAUAUAUGGUAUACUGUACACAUCGGCAGCGAACGUUUCCUCACCGAGUACGACAUCAAUAUUCCUCCUUCAGCACAAGACACGACAACAAUUGUGCACUUCUCCCUCGACCACAAAUACGCUGGCACAUUUACACUCCAAGACAAAAUUCGCUCGUCUGCACCAAGUGUGAUCGAAUCUCUGAAAUCACUCGGCUUAUCAUUGACAAUGCUGACAGGCGAUUCUGAGAUCGAAGCACACCGAGUCUCUUCCGAGCUGGCGAUCCCUGUGCUGGCUGCGAAGUCGCUCCCACAUGAAAAGAGAACGCUUGUCGAAUCGUUGCAGACCCAAUCCGAUUCAAGAACCAAGAAUAUUGUCGCAAUGCUAGGCGACGGCUUGAAUGAUGCUCCUGCUCAAGCAGCGGCCGAUGUGGGAAUUCUAUUCUCCCUCUCUCCUUUGUCUCGGCCCCGCUCGCCCACGACGACCAGGACAGUGGCCCUGGGCACUUCCGCAGCUGACGUGAUUCUCAUGACUCCGGACCUCGCAUCUUUGCCAAAGCUGAUUCAAAUAGCAAGGAAGACAGUUCAGCAAGCCCAGUGGAACAUUUGGUGGGCAGUUGUCUACAAUGCGGUUGCGGUUUCACUGGCAAUGGGAGCCGGGGAAUGGAUUGGCUUGGGAAGUAUCGAUGCGUAG